UGUGUUACAGAUCCAGCAGCUCCAGAGUGCGCAAAUUAUGUUUAUCCAGCAGCAAAUGCCACAGCAGAUAUUAAGAAUCUUUGUACAAUGAUGUCAUAUAUGCCAGUUUGUACAGUUCAAGCAUCAUGUGACAGUGCAAAAUUAUCAACUGGUAUUUGCCAACCAUUCUCAAUUUUAGCAGAUUCAUGCACCCAUGAUAUGCCAGGUAUGGGUGGUUGCAAAAAUUUUGUUUCACUUUGUAAUACUACAGGUUCAGUUGUCAAUCAAUGCAAAGAUGUAGAUAUGAUUGAUAAUUUACCAACAACAAUGGCUACCUAUGGUUUAAUUAAAGAUAUUUGUACUGAAAUGGCAAUGGAUGGUUGUGAAAAUUGUGUUGGCACUGGUAAAACAAUGAAGACUUGUGGUGAUCUUUUGACUGUAUAUUCCGAUCUCUGUAUGCAAAUGCCAGAUAUGUCACAAUGUAAAGCAUGGCAAUCAAUGUGUUUAUCCACUGGAAAUCUUGCCCAAAGUGAUCUCAAUGGUGUUUUCUGUGAAAAAUCAAAUUCAAAUGCCUCUCCAAUAAUGAAAAUGUUCUUCCACACUGGUAUUAUCGAAUACGUUUUAUUCAAAUCAUGGGUCCCAAGAACUAAUGGUCAAUUUGCUGGUACAUGGUUUGCUAUCUUUUUCUUUGCUAUUCUCUUUGAAAUCGAAAAAACUGCAAGAGCUAUCUUAGAAAAGAAAUGGCAACCAAAGAAAGAUGAUAACGCCUUACUUAUCAACUCAGCAUUCUUAGGUGGCUCCUAUCCAUCAUUCUCUUAUAGAGAUAUCAUCAGAGGUUGUCUCCAUGGUUUAGAAUUAACAUGCUCUUAUCUUUUAAUGUUAAUUUGUAUGCUUUUCAACGUUGCUUUAUUCUUUGCCGUUAUUGCUGGUGUUAUUGUUGGUAAUAUUUUAGUUGGCCGUUAUCGUAACUACUCCCCAAGAGUCACUUGCUGUGAAUAA